AUACUAAGGUUAGCUGACGUCUGAUACUUUUUGAAUUUUUUUAAAAACGAUAAAAUAAAAAAAAAAUUACACCCUUAGAUUUAAUUUUCUGCAUAUGCAUAUUUUUAUUUAUUUAUUUUUUUUUUUAAAUUAAAUUAUUGAAAAAACAAAAAAAAAACAUUGUUAAUUUUCUACUAACUUCAGGAUCAUAUACAUAUGUCGUAAAAAUGCAUAUACAUGCAUGAGUAUAAAUAUGUACAUAUGUAAUAAUCAUUUAACAAUUAAAUGUUAAAAAAAAAUUUUUUUAUUUAUUUGACGAUACAUUCAUUUUUUUCAAUUGUAAAAAUUACAAUUCAUCAUGAAUGAUUUGUCAAUAAAAGUAUCUAUACAUUUUCCAACUGAACGAGAUGCUGAAAUAGCUUAUCAAGUAUUGAAAGUUGACAGUGAACCCAAAAGAAGCGGUGUCUUAAAAACUUUAGUAGUAAACAGUAAUAUUUUAAACGUGAAUUUCAUUGGCAAAGAACUUAGAAAAAUAAGAGUUGCCUUAACAUCAUUUUUUGAUAGUCUUACAUUAGUAACUGAAACUAUGAAGGAAUUUGAUUCUCGAAAAAGUAAUUACAGUUAUUAUUAA